CAGAAAAAAAAGAAUCAAAUCAAAACAUAAGCAAAAUGGCUCUCAACAGCAAAUUUAUUUUUUCCUGUAUUGCCGUGACAAUGAUUUUGGUGACAUUCUUCUCAAAUGACACUCUUGCCAGCGGUUCCAAAAUCCGGAUCCAUGUUCCAGUUAAGCAUCAUACUCAUUUUCAUACAAAAACCAUUGUGAAGACGGUUCAUAUUCCAGUUAAAGUCAAGAGCAACCAUCAUCAUCAUCAUUUGAUCCAAGACGAAAUUUCGUGGGCCAAAAGUUACCCCAAAAAGAAGAAAAUUCGUCCAGUAUUCUACUGAACAAAUGAG